UAUCCUUUUAUAAUUUAGUUGAUAAAAAAAGUCAAAUCACAAGUAAAAUUAUCAUUCCAGUUUUUCUAUUAACAGUAACAGGAACUCUGAAAUGGCUUCGUCGAAUUGCAUUUCAAUUUUUGUUGUUUUACUUGUGUGUAUACAAAUAUCAACGAGCUGUGGUCCUCCCAAGAGAAGACCACCACCACCACCGCCACCUAAAUGUACACAACUCAUAUGUAAUGGCGCCUAUUUGCCCAGUUACCAGCCGGCAGUUAUAGCAGAAGGCAAAUGUGUUCAGCAAAGGAAAAAGUACGUAACUAAAUACCGAUCACAGCUAAGAACAGGAACAAACCACUGUCCAAGGAUCAGCUGCACUGCACGAGAUUUAGUACGAACGAUGUGUAAUUGUGUAAUUAUUCAGAAAACAGAAUCAGGUUGGAGUGAUUGGCACAUUGAAGAUGAAGCCGCCGUUAAAAAAUGCGAAAAGAGAGUCAUGCAAUUCGAUUUUAAAAGGACCACCCAGAUAAGAAGUUCCUGCCCCUCAGUACCUGAGUUGAAACCUAUAAUCGAACGUCGUUGCAAAUAAACAGAAGUCUGAAAAAAGACGGGAGCUGCAGCAGUUUGUACAAAUUGCAAAAAGAAAGCUAUAUGUUUAAA